UCUCGUUUCUAUCUAUUUAAACCUUGUUCUCCAUCCUCAGCAACCCCACCAUGCUUACAAAUAAGUUGUGCUUCACCAUGGACUACAUGUACUACUGCCUUGCUUUCUUCCUCUCCAGCUUUCUUCUAUUCAAACUUGUAUUCCAACGUAACCCCAACUUACCACCAAGUCCUUUCGGUUUUCCGAUCAUAGGCCAUCUCCACCUUGUCUCGAAGCCACCAAUGCAUAAAGUGCUAGCAAUUCUUUCAAAUAAAUGCGGUCCAAUUUUUUCUCUCAAAUUAGGCAGCAGGAACAUUGUUGCUGUUUGUUCUUUAUCAGCUGCUGAAGAAUGUUUCAUCAAGAAUGAUAUAGUUUUUGCCAACAGGCCUCAGAGCAUAUUUGUCCAUUAUUGGAGCUACAACUACGCUGCCUUUUUAUUUGCUCCGUAUGGCCAUCUCUGGCGGACCCUGAGGCGUUUCUCGGUCACUGAACUGUUUUCUCGAAGCUGCCUCGAUAGGUCUACUGCCAUUACUGAAGAAGUCCGCACCCUUCUCCGCCAGAUUCUUUCCAAAGUCUCUGAUGAUGGAGCCAAGAAGGUGGACUUGAACUAUUUAUUCACAAUCACCUCUCUCAAUGUAAUAAUGAAGAUGAAUGCUGGAAAGAAGUGGGUGGAAGAGGAGAAGGCUGCCUGUAUCGAGUCAGGAAAGCAGUGUAUUGAGGAUGUCCAAAAGAUAUUCCCUUCAAAUAAAGGGACCAGCGCGUUGGAUUUUUUUCCAUUUUUGAAAUGGAUUGGCUACAAGGGGGAGGAGGAGAGUGUGAUAAAGGUGUAUAAAGAGAGGGAUGAAUUCUUGCAGGGCUUGAUAGAAGAGGUGAAACGAAAGGAAACAAGUUCAGAUACAAGUAAUCCUGCUGAAGGAGUGAAGCAUCAGACAAUUGUGAUUGGAAGUCUAUUGGCCCUCCAAAAAUCAGACCCUGAACUGUAUACGGAUGAGGUUGUCAAGGGUACCAUGGCGACACUCUAUUUGGCAGGAGUAGAUACAGUAGAUUUCACUACGGAAUGGGCAAUGACAUUACUGCUGAACCAUCCAGAGAGAUUAGAGAGGGUGAAAGCAGAGAUUGACAGGGAAGUCGGACAUGAGCGCUUGGUACAAGAGUCUGAUCUUCCCAAGCGAAGAUAUGUCCGUUGUGUCGUUAAUGAGACCCUUCGUUUGUAUCCUCCAGCCCCACUUUUGCUGCCUCACGCACCAUCUGAAGACUGCAUCAUUGGUGGAUACAAGAUACCACGAGGCACGAUUGUGAUGGUGAAUGCAUGGGCCAUACAUAGGGAUCCCAAGUUGUGGGAUAGAAUUCACAACUACCAGAUUCCCAAGUCGAAGACUGGAGGUUGUCUCAAGAGCAAUGCUAGGAAGAACAUGAGUGCACGUGAGAAUGCAUUGAAUGCGAAAGGGUGA